CCCAGAUGGAAUGAUGCGCGCGCGACCCCAGUCCAGUCCCUCCCAGUCCCAGCACAAGCACGCCCACGCUAGCCCAGUCCUCCUCUCCCCCAGUAGCAGCUGCACCACCGGCCUGGCCAAACCCAAGCGCCGCUGCAGUGCACAGCCGGAUAGAGAGGUAAUUGAGCGGAGAGAAGGCUAGCUAGCUUUGAUCGGCCGGCUUGAUCGGGUGCCAUGGCUGGCGCAGCGGCCGACAGGCCGGAGGGGGUGGGCGGAGGAGGCGGAGGGGAGUGGCCGUUUGCAGGCGACGCCUACGCAGAGUACCCAUCGGCGCUACUGUUCGCGGAGCUCGGUGGAUGGCCUGGCGGCCUGGGCGCGGGCGCCGGGGACCUGCCGGCGCUGGAUCUGCCAGUGGUCAGUGCGUCGGCGGUCCUGGCGCCUGUUGCGCUGACGUCUGAAGCGACGCCGUCUAGGUCCAGGUCAGCUGACGCUGGUGGCGCGUCGUCUAGCUCGAGCGGCGAAGGCGCCGGCGCGGCCCUUGAGGACGCCGACACCGGCAAGCUGGCCGCCGCCGACGAGGCUGCAGCCAUGAAGCCAACGGCGACGGUGGUGAAGAAGGGGCAGAAGCGGGCUCGGCAGCAGCGGUUCGCUUUCAUGACCAAGAGCGAAAUAGAUCAUCUCGAGGAUGGGUACAGAUGGAGAAAGUAUGGGCAGAAAGCCGUCAAGAACAGCCCUUACCCAAGGAGCUACUACAGAUGCACCAAUAGCAAAUGCACCGUGAAGAAGCGCGUCGAGAGGUCGUCGGACGACCCCUCCGUGGUGAUCACCACCUACGAGGGCCAGCACUGUCACCACACCACCUCCUUCCAGCGCGGCGCCGGGGCUACGGCUAUGCACUUUCACGGCGGAGCCACCAUUGCACUCGCUGAGCAGAUGUCGUUCGUCUCGGCGCAACAGCUGUACAACUUGCCGCCGUUGCGCACACAGAUGAACCCUACAUCGUCGGAGUCCGUCGUCAGCUCGACGCAAGCUUCUUUCGGCCAGCAGCUCAAUGGAAGCAAUGGUGAGCUGCCGCGGUCGGCUAACUACAGUCCGACGGCGUCCAUGGUGCAGUCACCCUCGUCGUCGUUGGUGCCUCCAGCUGUUUCAUUUGACAUGGGACUGCUAGGCGACAUCGUGCCUCCUCGACUAAGAAAUGGAUGACGGUCUAUAAAUGACUAUAUCUGAUGCCAUGUCAUGCAUGUCUCAGAUGGAGGCAGACGGGAAAGGCACACCAAUCAGCUAGCUAGGGUGUUCCGCUGAUCCUCUCCUGCAGAAUCCAACAAUUUAAACGACCAACCAUCCUUAAUUUCGUCCAAUCUCUAUGUGGCGUAAGAGUAUAGCUAUUCAGUCUCUUACGCCAUGCUUAAUUUGAUCGACGAGUACUGCUAGCUUCCUCAAGUUCUCGUGAUGACUAGAUUUGCUAGUGUUUUUGCACGCCGCAUUAUUGGACAGGCAGGUGCAAUAAUAUUUGGUCUCAUAGCAAAUUUGUAUUCCCACUUCAACCUUUAUCCUAUAUCCUAUCUGUUGGAUCUGCUUGGCCCUUAGCAUACAACACUUUGAUUUGUAUAGCCUGAAUUCCUAGUGUUGUGGUUCUUGCAGGACGUACAAUAUUGUACUGUAUUGUAACCUAAAUUUAUUUUGCACUUUGUAGCUAGCUGGCUAGCAGGUUAAAGUUUUUGUGGAUAUAUGUGUUUGAUGUAUUCUGAAUAUAUGCAAUUCAGUAUCGGAGUA